CAACAAUAAAACUUAUAUUUUGAGGUUUUCAGAAGAGUAAACUAAUCAAUAAUUGAUACCAAUUUAAACAAACUGCAUAUCAUUGUAUAAAUCUAGACAAAGGCGAAAUUAAACAGAUACAUGCCACUUUAUUUGGAAAUACGGAUGCGAUUUAAAUACGAAUUUUAAAUGGUCCUUCAAGGAAAACCGGAAUUUAAAAAUCGCACAGGCGCGUUGAAUCUUUUUAUUUAUUCUUUAAAAUUACAUUCUGGAUUUAUUUAUCUUUUAAAUGUGACUGAAAGGAACGUUCCCAUUCAUAUUUUUUGUCUUAAUAAGCGUUACUAGUAACCUAUUUUUACUACCAUGAACUUCGGUGAUAUUUAGGACAUCGAUGUUCUACUUUCCUUUUCAUCGAGGACAUUCAUCAUUCGGUGAAACUUGGUCAGUUGAUAAAAUGUCUUGUGAAGAUGGGAUGAUAUUGAAAGACUCCAGUGAUGAAGACGAAAUACUGGGAUCCCCUCUGGAGUCGCCUAGUUCCCCGAGCCCAGAGGACCGACAUGUCUGUCCAUCAUGUCAGAAUAGGCUCAAACAGCCCAUGAUUCUCAACUGCCUGCAUGUUCACUGUCUUGCUUGCUUAGAAAAACAGGUUGAAGAGAAUUCAAAGGAUGGGUCAGCCUGUGAGAAUGUGGUGUGUGAAACAUGUAAGGAAGAAACACCAAUCCCUGCCAAAGGCUUGUCAGACCUGCCGCAGGAGUAUGUUCUUACUGAUCUCAUUGAAUUGUCCGACAUACAAGAUAUGCAGAUCAUCUGCACCAGCUGUAAGGCGAAGGAGAAAGCAGAGGCUCGCUGUCAGGAUUGUGCGAAUUUCCUCUGUCUUAACUGUGUCACUGCACACCAGUUUAUGAGGUGCUUUGAAAAUCACAAGGUGAUACUGUUUGAAGACAUGAAAAAAGGUGACGCUUCAGCUGUUCAUCGUCCAAUCUUCUGUACUGUUCAUCCUUCUGAAAAUCUGAAGCAUCUCUGCAAAACUUGUGAGGUUCCCAUCUGUAAUGAGUGCAUGGUGAGUGUUCACAAGCCUCCACACCACGUCCCAGAGCCUGUACAGGACCUAGAGGAAGAAGAGCGUGACCAUCUGACCAGCCUGAUCACCGAAAGUAAGAGCAAGAUGGCCACGUUUGAGGAAGCCACCAGCACCCUCAUGUCCUCUCUGAGUGAGCUCCAGAGCCAACGGGAUAAUGCCAAGGAUCUGAUUAACGAGACAUUCCAGAGCUACAAAGCCUACAUAGAGAAGAGAAAGGAUGAGCUGUUGGUAGAGCUUGACAGCCUGAAGAAUGAGAAGGAGCUGUCACUGAUGGAGCUAUGCCAUAACUUUGAGGGGUCAAUUGAAAAACUAGAACAGGGCAUAUCCUUCACCGAACACAUCCUCAACAAUGGUAGCGCUCUUCAACUGUUGCUACUGAAGAAAGUCAUCUCCUCAAGGCUUAUUGGCCUUGUGAACAACGCCCCAAAUCCUGAAGUGAAUGUUCACAUUGAGUUCAGUACAGAUGGACCAGAGUUUGAAGAAGCUGUAAAGAAGACCUUUGGAUGUUUUAAGAAAGAGGAAGAAGUUAAGCAGCAGCCAGAAAGACCACCAUCUUCCCUUCACUCUUCAUUUGAAAAUGAAGGCUUUAAUCAUCUCCAUUCAACUGGAAUUCUGAGUCCAGACACCACAAUAAUGCCCCAAACUCACAGCUUUAGGAUGACACCCCAGCAGUCCAACCCUCUUGCCAGUGGUCUUGCUGACAUGAACCUUCAGAACCUGUCUAGCAUGCCUCUGGGGGGUAUGAGCUCUGUAUCGGGAGUGCUAAGGAGCAGGUCAACUAUUGAGACCCGUAGUGUUUCCAGGAACUCCCACAGCCCUGCCAUGUCUGACAGUGGGAUCUCUAUGGAAGCGGGAAGUACUGGUAGCAACUCCAGCGCCCCUCUCGUCAACAUUGCUGCCCUUGCAAAGCUGGGUACAGUAGGGUACAGUGCCCAAGGUAUUGAAGGAAUUAGGAGUAUUGCAGAUCUUAUAACAGCCCCAGAAAACAGUCAGCUAACCUUCAAUGGUCAAGUGGUACCAGGAUUGUCCAACGUGACUGGCAUGCCUCCAGUGUCCAGCAUAUCCCCGAUAUCAGAGCUAGGCCUAAGUAGAACAGAUCGACCUCAGUCUCCAAACCUGGAGACACUGGCAGGUCUUCUUAAUCAGAACCUUCCUCCACAUGGAGGUAUGGAAAGCAACACCAUGACAAACAUCGGCAUGUUCAAUAUGGGAUCCUCUGGGAGGAAUUCUGCUGGUCCUGGCAUCUCUAGGAGCUUUAGCAUGGGCCCCUCCGGCAGUGGAAAUACCACACCUAAUCCAGGAAUGUUUACACCUAGCAGUCUGAGUGACAGUGUGAACUACAUGAAUACAAUUGGCUCUAGCCAGACUGGCAGCACAAGCGAAGGACCACCAGUUAGGCGAGGGGGCAGAGUGAGCGCCAUGCAGAUCAGGUGCAAGUUUGGGCAGCUUGGUCCAGGGAAGGGUCAAUUCAACUCUCCACAUGGCUUUUGUCUGGGCAGUGAUGAGGACCUUGUUGUAGCUGACACCAACAACCACCGCAUUCAGGUGUUCGACAAGAUUGGAGAGUUCAAGUACCAGUUUGGCAUACCAGGUCGCGAGGACGGCCAGCUUUGGUACCCAAGGAAGGUUGCUGUGAUGCGACCGACGACCAAGUUCAUCGUUUGUGAUCGUGGAAAUGAAAGGUCAAGGAUGCAGAUAUUUGCAAAGAAUGGUCAAUUUGUGAAGAAGAUUGCCAUCCGCUAUAUCGACAUUGUGGCUGGUCUUGCUGUCACUUCACAAGGAUUCAUAGUGGCUGUUGACAGUGUGUCACCAACUGUGUUUGUGAUAAGUGAAGCCGGAGACCUAAUUAAGUGGUUCGAUUGCAGUGACUAUAUGAGGGAGCCUUCCGAUAUUGCCAUCAGCGGCAAAGAUUACUUCGUCUGCGAUUUCAAGGGUCACUGUGUGGUGGUGUUCAACGAGGAUGGCCAUUUUCAGAGGCGCAUUGGCUGUGAAAACAUCACCAACUAUCCAAACGGUAUCGAUAUCAGCGAUGCUGGAGAUGUCUUGAUUGGUGACAGUCAUGGGAACCGCUUCCAUGUGGCGGUCUUCCAGAGGGACGGGUCACUUGUCGGAGAGUUUGAGUGCCCCUAUGUAAAGGUCAGCAGAUGCUGUGGCCUAAAGAUUACCUCCGAGGGUUAUGUUGUCACCCUGGCUAAGAAUAACCAUCAUGUCUUGGUUUUGAACACCUUAUAUAUUGCUUAACAAGAAAAUGAUUCACAGUGUUUCGAUCAGUUGAUGCUUUUUAUUAAACUGUUUUAAAAAGUUUUCCACAUUGAGCCAGAGCUCUGUAUUGUCAUUUCGCUGUGAUUUACCAUUUACUUGCUAGCAAUUACUGGAUUGUUAGGUUUACUAAACGAUUGUUACAAUUAUAGACAAACUCCAGUGCAGUGUGUUUUGCUGCAUUGUGGUACAUUUUGUCAGGAAUAUUUUAAACGCAAAGUGAAUAUUUUUCCUUCGACUAUAUAUCUUACAAAUUGUGACAUUCUCGUUUGCAGAUGACCGGUUAUUUUGUAUCCAAAGUUUCAAAAGCAGUAUACUUAUACAUAUUGUUUAUUUUAUGUAGAUACAUAUUCAUAAAGUGCUUACAUUGAUAUUAUAGUUUGGAUAUUUUUAUAUACUAUAAAGUUUAUGAUUUUUGUCUAAAUAAGUUGAUUUAUUUUGUUUCAAAUUUUGGCAUAUCAUUUACUCUAAUUUAAGGAUUUAUAUUCUUACAAACAUGAACAGUUUUAAAGUACUAGCGAAGUUGGGAACCUUAUUUUUAAAAAGUAUGUUUGCGGAAAAAAAAAAAAGAAAUAUGCCAAAUAGAUUGAGUUAAAAGAUGUGAGCAAUGUUGAUUUUUUGUAAUCUCAGAUUCCAGAUGCAAUGAUUUAUUUUUGAUUUACAUAACAUUGUAUUAUUUUUUUUACACUGUUAUUUUAAGCAGUAACAAGGUUUUUCCAAUGUUUAUUUAACUGUUGAAUGCUGUUGGAGAAGGGUAGUGAUGUAAUUUAGAUAUGUUACGGUGUAUACGAAUACUUUCUAAGCGCAAAGUACAUUCUGUUACACGUUUUUGUGGCUUACGCAGGACAUUUUAAUGCCACGCACCACUUAGUAUAAUUAUCACCAAAAAAUAUAUUCAUAUUCUUGACCUUCAUAUAUUAAAUCUUUCUAAUGUGCAUGAAAAAGCCAUGCAUAUUGCAUAUUUUUUUUAAUAAAAGUCACAUUAAAUCGAUAUUUCCAGUGUAGUUCCCAUGUUUUAACGGAAAAGAGAUUGAACAUUUUUUUCUGGCGUGGUUUGCUUUUGAGCAGGACAAUGCGAAAAUUCACUAGCAAAGUCUUGUUAUGAGAUGUACUUCGAAUACACUGUUAUAGCAGAAUGUUUAUUAACAUAGCCUGUUAAAAGUUUACAUGUAGUGUGCACCGGGGUCUGAAGGAUAAGAUAAUGUGCUUUUGAUUACAAAUCAUUUGAUACAGGCACGAUAAGUUUGUCAAUGUUGUGCUUAUUCAGCAGAAAUUUAAUGCCAAAACAGUUUAAUCUAUUGAUAUUAAACAUGUUAAAAUCUGGUUUUGGCUUUUAUAGUUAACUUGUUUUUUAUCCAGGAAUGUCUUCCUUGAAAAUGGAUUCUGUCAAUAUGUUAAAAUGCUCUUACCUUUAAUCCACCGAAGUUCUAAGAGAAACUGGAGGUGUUUUUGUUAUUGAAUAAUACAUUCUGUGAUCUUCAGGCCCCAAGUUAUAACAGUUAUAUACUGCAGCCCUUGCUUAAGUGUCUAGUCAUAUAUACUCAGUUUCAUCCUUAUAACAUGACUUUUUUUGCCGUGCCUUAUGGAAAUUAAUUUUUCUUCUUUAUUUUUUAAGUGUUCAUAGUUAUAAUAUGGCUUUACAUAAUAAAAAUAAUCAUUUAGAAAAUGUUGACCAAUAUUAUGUGUUUUGUUUGAUUGUUUUCCUUGUACAUUUCUUUUAUUGUACCCAUUUAUAAAAAUGUAAAAAAAAAAUAACAAAAAAUAUUGAAUUGCUCAUCUUGUGUUGUUUGAUUCAUCCAAUGUAUGGAUGGUGACAACAGAAUGCAUAUUUUGUACAUUACAAUUGUUUAGUGUAUCUAAUCAAAACAUUGUUAUAUUUACAUGUUUAUUUGUUAAUUCAUUGAAGUUUAUUUGGUACAUGCCAUUUUGUUAAAUAUGCCAUAGUAGAUGUAGAAAAGAGUUAGAUACAUAAAAAAGGUUAGAUACAUAUAUUGAUACUUAAUAUUUGAAACUAACAUUUGGUUUCAUAACAGAAAGAAAAAUUUCAACAUAACAGUAAGAAUGCUAGUGCUCCCUUUUGAGUGCCCAGCAUUUAUUUGUUUAUUUGAUUAUUCAAGAGCGUUGUUUAAGCAAACACGCAGACAAUCUAGAUUUAGCAUAUUAACAACGAUUUCAUUUCAUUUAUAAUGUAUAUUAGUGUUCAUUGUUCUCUUGUCAAAUUCCAGUUUCGUGUUUUAAAUAUUAUAUUCAUAUAGUUAAAAAACGUUUUUAAUAUUUGAAUGCCUUUAUAGUUUUGAAAUGUUGCAUUUAACUUUUUGAUUCUUCAAACGUUUAUUAGUUAAUGUGUUAUAAUUAACCGUGAUUAUUUCAUAUUUAUGAAAAGAGUAUGUCCAAUAUUGAUAUUUUGAAUAGUUAUUUACAGAGAUGUGAUUAUCAUUGAUUAUCUUUGGUGCAAAGGUUUUGUACUUUCUUACAUGAUUGUAAAAAUACCUUGAAAGUGCAUACAUUAAGAAAUCCUCCACUUAUUUUUCAAAUAUGGUUAGCUUUUUGUGAAUCCGUUAAAUUUUCCUUUCAAGGUAUUUUAUAUGGCUUCUAUUCUUAAAUACUCUUAAGAAAGUGGUAAACUUUGUUUCUGAAGACUAUUAUGUUAUUCUGUACAUACUAAACCUAGCUACUGCAAAUAUUUUAGGAGUAUUUUGUUAUUUUCAUACUUUCAAAACAGAUGAUGUUUACUCCUAUAAUCACAAUUAUUAUGAAUUAAGUCUUGAUUUACAGUGCCAAAUUUGUGCUAAGCAAUAAAUAAUAUCCAUGCAUUUUGGCAUUUUAUGAAACUUACUCAAACUAAGAAUUGUAUGUUUAAGAUGUUCUUACAUUUUGAAAGAAAAUAUAAAUUUGAGUUGUUAGAUUACUACUGUUACUAGUCAAUGUUUAAGCUGUUGCUUACAAGAAAGGCCUUAAUGAAACAUAUCAGCUAAUAAUUGGUAUCCUUUAAAAGCAUAAUUACAAUAUAAAGUACUUAUUUCUUUUGAAAUAUAUAUUUGCAAUUUUAAAUUACUAUUUGUAACAAGGUAUUUUAUUGUUAUCUAAUCCAUUUCUAUCCAGGGAUAAUAUUAUGUAGUUUUAAAACUUGACUGUUUAUAUUUGUCACUGUAGUACAUUUUGGUAACCAUGUUUUUGGUUUUAAACAGAGUUUUAAUGUUAUGUGCUAGCAUUUCAGAAUUCAGAAUGGAUCUGUUGUCCCGUCAUAAAAAAUUUGUGAUGGUGAAUAAUAUUUUGUUUAGCUUACCAAGUACUUAACAUCCCUUAAAUUGAUUAUGAACUUGUAUUUGACUUGUUCUAAAAAACAAAAUUGCAGUGUUUUGCUGGUCUUUGUUGACCAAGCUUGUAUUUGCAGGAAUGAACUGUUAUAGUUUAGUUUUUUUGUUAUGAUUAUCAUUUAUUCAGUAUUUUCUCUUUUUCAACUAAAAGUUUAUCAGCAAAUUUUUGGUCAGGGUUUUGGGGGAGAACAAGUGUUUUAAUUGUUCUUUUUACUAUUAUUUUGAAAGUUUACCGGGAUUUACCUUCUAUUGAUUCUUAUAUAUAAUUACCAUAGUUUACAAAUUAUACACAAUUGCAAUUUCAUGCCAUUGUACAUGUUUAUCAUUCAAUAUUCAAGCUUGCUUAUUAUUAUUUUACUGUGAUUUUUUUAUCACCUGAUUUUAGAUUUAUAUAUAAUUACUAACACCUUUCUCUUUAUGUUAAUGUUGUACACCUCUGUUUGCAUUAUAUUUAUAAGUACAAGCCUAUUCUUUGAACAAUAUAUAUUUGGUAAAAGUAUUCUUGUAAUUUUGGAGUUGAUUUUAGUUUCAAAAAUAUAGGCUGAAAUUUUGAAAUUCGCUUAUUCCUUUUUUACAACCUGAAUAAAAAUUGGUUUGCUUUAAAAUAUUUAAAUACAUUCCACUGCCUGCAAUUGAGUUUAAGUUCAAAUGCUUGCUGUUUGCAGACAAAUCAGAACUUUGUAUCUUUAUUCUAGGUGACAACAUAAAUCAGGUAUCUUGGAGAUUGAUUUACAUAUUUUGCCAUUCCUUUUAAUAAUUAUUUUUGUCAUUCUUUGGUUGAAAAACUUGUUGAUUGUUGAAAAAUGACAAUAUUCUCUUUGGUUGCAAUAUGUAAUUUAAAAUUGAUUUGCAGUUGGUAGAUUCUGGAAUAUUGUACCCUGGUAAUGAAUGUAUCAAGAUGUGUGGUAGUAUUUGUCUUCCAGAGCAUUUUCAUUGGUGAUUAAAAGAACUGUGUUAUUCACGUGCUUGCAGUUAUUUUUAAUGAGCGAUUAAUUACCAUAAUUAGUAUGUUUUCUCAGCAGUUCUGAUAUUUUAGUGUAAUUACUUUGUAAAGUAAGUUGAUGAUACUUAGUGGUUGGCCAUGGAAUACCUUUUUAUCUCACCUGUGCACAAAGUGCUGAAGGGUGUGCUGUUUUGAAAGGGGACUGUCCGUUGUCAGCAUUUUCCUUCAAACAAUUUUUCCUUAAUUUUCCUUAAUUUUGUAAGAAUGUUCCCUGGAAAGUCAUCUUCCAGAUUCCUUGCAAUAAAAUGGUUCCAUGUAUAAUUCACUAUAACUUGGAAAAUCAAAAGCCGCUGGCAAGAUUUCAAAAUAUUCUUGCAUAUGCUCUUACGGUGGCCCUUUAUCAAAUUCCUUCAAGCCAUGUUGGCGUGUUUAAAACCUUGUCGACAGGGGGCAUAUUACUAUGUUGAAAAGAUUGAAAAUCUACACAGAAAUCACUGGCCAGAUUUGAAAAUGAUUGCACAAAGGUUCCUUAAAUGGCCCAUUAUCAAAUUUCUUGGAGCCAUGUUGGUGUGUAAAAAUUGUUGACUGGCAAGGCGCAGGGCUAGUUUUCACUUUAUGACUAGAUGGAAACCUACCCAGAAACCACAUGCUAGAAAAAAAAAUGGUGGGGGGCUUUAUCAAAUUUCUUUGCAAGUUGGCUUGCUUUAAAACUUUGCCAACUGGCAAACUUAACCAAAUGGGGCUUGGUUUUCACUAAAUAGAAAAUUUUAAAAAUCUCCUUUGCCAAAUUUCAAAAACAAUUCAGCAAAAUGUGUCUUAGGUGACCCUUUGUCAACUUCCUUAAAUCAAUGUUGAUUCUUAAAAAAAACAUGGUCAACAGAGGGCAGGACUAGUUUUCACAAUAUGACUAUAUGGAAGACUUAAAAUCUUUUCCUGGCAUACCAUAGAAAUUAUUUCUAAAUAAUUUCAAACAAAUGUUUCUAAGGUGACCCUACAUCAAAUUCCUUUUAGCCAAGUUGGUUCAUACAUAACAUGGCCGGCUUGUUAUACAUGGACUUCUUUAAGAAAGCCCUUCUUCUCCAAACCAUAAGGCUCUGAGCAAACCAUUUACUCCAGUGAGCGUGAAGGGCCACCUUAGCCCUCUUGUUUCUAAAGUUUGAUAAGGGAGAUAAAAUAAAAAAUGGGAUAACCUUCAUUUUGUUAAACAAAAUUCUGUUAUCUGUAGACCAAAUUUUGUAUAUUAUAUUAGUAGUAUUAAAUUGAGAAAAUGAGAUUCUUAUUAUUUCGCUCAAAACAGCAUUUUUCUUUUUGUGUGCUUUUUGAAGUGAGUUAGAUCAGUUAUUGUUGACGUUUAAUUUCUUUUUUAUUACAACCUUGCCAGCUUUAUACAUAAUUAUAUAGAUAAGUUUGUUAUAUAUUUUUGUCUGUCUCAGUUGUUGAUUUAUAGUUAUAAAAAUGUAGCUUGUAUUCUGGUGCCAUUUCCAUGUAUUGGAAUAGUUGGCUGUUCUAUGUGGUUUGGGUUUUCAUAUGAUAAAUGAUUAAUAUUCUAGUAAAAUACCAGAAAAUUGUGGAUAACCUUAUUUUAUUUCAUAUUUAUUGACCAUAAAAAGCAAUAUUCAACUUGAACAACAGAUCAGCUGAUUUUAUUUCAUAUUUAUUAAGAUGGAACAAACUGCAAACUACAAUUGUUAUAAUAUCAAAAAGGUUGUAUAUCACCUGGAUUAAUUUUUCAUGGUAUUUGCUGAGUAUUAUUCGAACUACAUUCAUUACAUUUAUACAUAACUGAAGUUCAAUCUGUAGAAUUUUACAAGUUCAGUGCUGCAUGUAUUAAGACAAACAAUAGAAAUAGAUAUAUGUAUACAGUGUAAACAUUCCAUUGUUUGACACACAAGGCUUUUACUAUUACAGACAUUUUGGCUUUUUACCUUGAAGUUGAUGAUCAUCCCUGAGAGCUUGUCAUCCCUUGUGGGUUAACAUAUUAAUAUACUUUAACAUGCAAAUAUAACACUUAUACAUUGGCCAAUUUAAGUAAAGAAAGAAUAUGUUUCUUAUUUCCCUGCACGAAAAUGAAUAAUAUAUUAGGGGCCAUGAAUUUUGUUUUAUUUAGUAUUCAUCAGGUUCUGUCUUAAUGAGUUUGUCACACUUCAAUUCAGUUAUUUGGUUUCUGUAAACAACAUACAUAAUUUUAUUUGUUCAAAAAUAAGGGUCAUAUAAAAAAAUCUGGUUGGGAAUGUUGAAACAGUGUUUUUGUUAUGCAUAAGAAAAACAAUCCGAGAAAAUUCCAGUCCUAUAUAUCAAUUAAUAUUUUUGUUUGUGCAGUGCAUACCCACCAGAUAAUGUUUGUAUAUCCAGUAUACAUUAUUUACUUGGUGAGUUUUAACUGCAAAUAUUGCUAUGCAAUAGUUAAACGUCGCACUAGUAUUGCAUUUCUUUAAUUUUACAUUCAAUUUUUAUUAGAAGUCCCUGUUGAUGUUUCAAAAUGAUAUUUUGCUUUGUGUAGAAAGUCAUUGCUGGUUCAAGUUAGCUCUUUUCAACAUGUUAAAUUUUGAAACAGGCAUGUAAGCGGCAAACUUGCCAGUAGUUGAAUGUGUUGUUAUUUAGCCAGGGUAUAUUUUCCCAUGUAUAUCUCAGCAUUAUUUAAUUUUACUUCAUUUAUACACGUAUUCCAACCAGACUGGAAUAUUGUCUUCUAUACAGUUGUAUUCAUAUAUUUUGAGAAGUCACAUACUAUUUCUUGUGUUAACUUAAGAACCUGUAUGCAAGUGGAAUAAAGGUGUUUUCUUUCA